ACGACCGAACGGCACCUCGACCUCUUAAAGCCUUCAAGACCCCCCACCUUCUCUGUGCCGUCUCUUUCACUUGAACAUCACCCCUUCGAUUCCGCAGAAGACAUUCAUUCCAUCAUGACUUACGGAAACGUGGACCAGCUCGCCAUCAACUCCAUCCGGGUGCUCGCCGUCGAUGCUACAUCGAAGGCGAACUCUGGCCACCCCGGUGCGCCUAUGGGAAUGGCCCCCAUUUCCCACGUUCUCUUCCACAAGUACGAAACCCCGAUUUCACUCCUACCUCCUUCUGGCGGUAUCAAUCUGUAGUUCGGGCUUGCUGACCACGCUGUGAAUCGCCAUAGGUUCAUGAAGUUCAACCCCAAGAACCCUAGCUGGGCCAACCGCGACAGAUUUGUCCUCUCGAACGGUCACGGAUGCAUGCUGCAGUAUGCUGUCUUGCACUUGUUCGGAUACGAUCUCUCCAUCGAUGACCUGAGGAACUUCCGCCAACUCGGAUCCAAGACUCCUGGUCACCCCGAGGCGCACGACACUCCCGGUGUUGAAGUAACCACUGGUCCUCUGGGUCAGGGUUUCGCCAACGCUGUCGGUCUCGCCAUGGCCGAGGCGCACGUCGCUGCUCGCUUCAAUAAGCCCGGUUACACGCUGUUCGACAACUACACCUACUGCUUCUUCGGCGAUGGAUGUGCUAUGGAAGGUGUUGCCUCUGAGGCCGCUUCCCAGGCCGGUCACUUGCAGCUCGGCAAGCUGAUCGCCAUCUACGACGAUAACCACAUCUCCAUCGAUGGUGACACCAACUGCGCCUUCACUGAGGAUGUCAUGAAGCGAUUCGACGCCUACGGCUGGCACUGCCUCCACGUCGAGAAGGGUGAUGAGGACCUCGAGGCCAUGGAGAAGGCUAUCGCUGAGGCCAAGGCCGUCACCGACAAGCCUACCGUCAUCAAGCUCACUACCACCAUCGGUUACGGCUCCAAGCUGCAGGGAACCGGUGGUGUUCACGGAAACCCCCUCAAGGCCGACGAUGCCAAGAGUGUCAAGGCGAAGUUCGGCUUCAACCCCGAGGAGUCCUUCGCUGUGCCCCAGGAGGUGUACGACCUCUACGGAAAGACUGCUGCCGCCGGUGCCGCCGCCGAGGAGGAGUGGAACAAGCUCUUCGCCGCCUACAAGAAGGAGUUCCCUACUGAGGCUGCUGAGCUUGAGCGAAGACUCGCUGGUCUCCUUCCCGAGGGCUGGGAGAAGGCCCUCCCCGUCUACAAGACCUCCGACCCGGCGAUUGCCUCGCGUAAGCUGUCCGAGACCGUCCUCGGCAACCUCUACUCGGUCCUCCCCGAGCUUGUCGGUGGUUCUGCCGAUCUUACCGGUUCCAACUUGACUCGCGCCAAGAUCGCCGAAGACUUCCAGCCCGAGAGCACCGGUCUCGGCACAUACGGUGGUCGUUACAUUCGGUACGGUGUCCGUGAGCACGCCAUGGGUGCCAUCAUGAAUGGUCUCGCUGCCUACGGUGGUAUCGUACCAUUCGGUGGUACUUUCCUCAACUUCGUUUCCUACGCUGCCGGAGCCGUCCGAUUGAGUGCUCUGUCCCAGGUCCCCGUCAUCUGGGUUGCCACCCACGACUCGAUCGGUCUCGGUGAGGACGGACCCACUCACCAGCCUAUUGAGACGCUCGCCCACUUCCGUGCCACCCCUAACUGCAUGGUCUGGCGUCCUGCCGACGGUAACGAGGUGUCCGCCUGUUACUACGUCGCUCUCACCUCCAAGCACACUCCUUCCAUCAUCGCUCUUUCCCGCCAGAACCUUCCCCAGCUGGUUGGUUCCACCAUCGAGAACGGUAUCAAGGGAGGAUACGUCCUCGAGGAGAAGCCCGGUGCCGACAUCACCCUCGUUUCCACCGGUUCCGAGGUCGGUAUCGCCGUUGAUGCCGCUACGGAGCUUAAGGAGAAGCACAACAUCACCGCUCGUGUCGUUUCCAUGCCCUGCUGCGAGGUCUUCGAUGCCCAGUCCAAGGAGUACAAGCUUUCCGUUCUCCCUGACAACAUCCCCACUCUCUCCGUGGAGGCUCUGUCCACCCUCGGAUGGGAACGUUACGCUCACGAGACCUUCGGACUCAACCGCUUCGGUGCGUCCGGUCCCUACAAGGAGGUAUACGAGAAGUUCGAGUUCACCCCCGCGGGUAUCUCCAAGCGUGCUCUGGCCACCAUCAAUUUCUGGAAGGACGUUAAGCCUCUGCGCUCCCCUGUUAACCGCGCUUUCGAGCACAUCAUCUAGAUUUUUAUAUCCAGAUUUUUCUUUUGAUUCAUGAACUUUUUUUCUUCUUUUCCGUUUGGGACUUGGUCUGGUUUGGCUAUUAGGGUGUAUUUUUUUCUUUGUUGGUAAUUCAAAAGGCGACCCGUGAUUCAUGAUGCUCCAGCCAUGGGAGGUGGUGACGUUGGUGAUAAGGGGGAGGUGGUGACGAGUGGGAUCACCUUAUCUUGCAUAACGCGAGUGCCCUGGCAUAACCACUACAUGUCUAUAUGCAUCAGCGC